CUCCCUCAACUCUCUCAUUUUCAUUUUUCACUAUCUUCUUCACUCUGAACAAAACGAACGAACCAUGGAGGUUGCAACCGCAAACGCAUCGUUCACCUUCUUAUCAAAAAAGCCCAUGCUCAUUUCACCCUCUUCAUCACGAACCCUAUCCCCUAUCAGACCCAUCAAAUCCUCUUUCUUCAGAAACUCCAUUUCCACGGAUUUCGUCGCUCCUUCUUCCGCAAUCACCAGUUCCACUAGUCAUUUCUCCGGCCACAAGCUCCGUCCUCCGUGCCUCAAUCCCGCCACGUUUCAAAGCUCAGGCAGUAAAAGAGGCGUCGUUACUAUGGUUAUUCCUUUCUCAAGAGGGACUGCAUGGGAGCAACCUCCACCAGACUUAGCUUCUUACCUGUACAAAAAUCGAAUUGUUUACUUGGGCAUGUCUCUCGUUCCAUCUGUUACAGAGUUGAUGGUUGCUGAAUUUCUUUACCUUCAAUAUGACGAUGAAACAAAACCCAUUUAUAUGUACAUAAACUCCACCGGAACAACAAAGGGAGGUGAGAAGUUGGGUUAUGAGACUGAAGCACUUGCAGUUUAUGAUUUGAUGAGGUACAUCAAGCCUCCUAUUUUUACUCUCUGUGUUGGCAAUGCUUGGGGAGAGGCAGCCUUACUUUUGGCUGCUGGUGCAAAGGGUAACCGUUCAGCUUUGCCAUCAUCAACUAUAAUGAUAAGACAGCCUAUUGCGCGGUUUCAAGGUCAAGCAACAGACGUCAACCUUGCAAGAAAAGAAAUCACUAGAGUGAAGACAGAAUUGGUUAAUUUGUUAGCAAAGCACACUGAAAAAACACCUGAGCAGAUUGAAGCUGAUAUUCGGCGCCCAAAGUAUUUUAGUCCAACUGAAGCUGUUGAGUAUGGAAUCAUAGACAAGGUUUUGUACAAUGAGAGGGGCUCUAUGGACCGUGGAGUUGUUUCUAACCUUAAAAAGGCACAGCUUAUUUGACCGCUGGGAAGUUAAAUCCCUCUUUUCUUGAAGUUGAGAAAUUUGUGUGGAAAAAUGGAUUAGCAAAAUCGAGGGAUCUGGGGGAUCAGCAGACAAACGAUACAACCGUGCCAAGCACUUGUACACUUAAUUUGCUACAUUGGAAUCUCCAUGUUUAUAACACCAUAGAUUGUAUUUCCCUCCCUUAAGAAAAGGUAGUAGGAACUGAUUCCUGCGUGUUUUGUAAAAUGUUGUUUACCUUGUUGUAUUCUAGUUCAUUCAAAUAUGAAACUUUACGAA